CGAUAAAACCCCGUAACGUGGGAAACAGGGGUCCGUGCCGGUAGCUACCGGAUAAGUAACGCUUAAUUUCAGCUUUAAAGUUGCACAGACCAGGGUCGCUCCAGAACAGUGGAAGUAAGCCGCGAGGUACAUACGUGUUUGGAUGUGACCCCACUGCAUAGACAAGUACCUGCCGUACCUACAACUGAAAGCUUCGAGCUGCGAUUUCUUCAGCCUUACAACAUUCAGUUAAAUAUCAACUUUAGCAGUUGCAACCUACAAUUAUCUCCCGGUUCUGCGCAAGCUGUAGAGAUCCAUCGCGAGAUUUCGAUUCUAGCGAUUAUAACUUUCCUACCUACCUGGAAGGAACCCGAGAAAUACCAAUCCUCAUCUAAACCCCGAAACAUCAUUCAGUCGCCAUGGAACCUCGAGCCCGCGCAGGCAAGAAUGUUGGCAAGGAGACUUUUAACGCAAAAGAGAUCCGCGCCCUCCUCUACGCCUACGGCGACGUCCAAGACCCACUGCCCGAAACAGUCCGCGUGCUCGACGAAAUCGUAACGGAGUUCCUGGAGGGCGUGUGCUUCGAAGCAAGUCGGCACGCGCAGGUAGCGGGGCGGCAGAAGCUCAAGUUCGACGACUUCGAAUUCGCGCUAAGGCGGAACCCGCAGUAUCUCGGUCGCGUUAAGAGUAUGAUUGAGAAGAGGCAACGGAUUAAAGAAAUGCGCAAGACGUUUGAUCAGGAGGAUGAUGCGUUGGCUAAGGAACAUGCGAAAGAUGCUGCGGCGGCGGCUGCUGGUGGGGGUGGGAGGGAUGCGGAUGAGUUGUUGGGGCUCGAUGAGGAUGAUGAGGAUUUGAAGGAGGUCAAGCAGAAUGCGCCUUCGUCAAAGGGUUCCGGGAGUAAGAAGAGGAAGAGACCUCAGAAGUAGUUAAGGUGUUGACGGGGAAUGCUGCUUGACAUAGGGACACGACGCGGUGCGUUAUAACGAUGGCGAUUACGACGGAUUUUGCAUUUUUUACGAGCAUGGCCACGGCGUUUCGGACGGGGGAUACCAGGUUGCAUUUUACGGUCACGAUAACUUAGAUUGACCUCACUUCAGAUUGAUACGCAUCCACUGUAUAAUUGAUAUUCUCCUCGAUGAGCACUCUGAUUUAUAGCCACAGAAUGAUUGUUUAUUGUUUACCUUGCUACCUAAGUAGUUUACUAAUGUUUACCCAUAA